CGGAAGGGCAGGUCACGUGACGCGGCCAUACACCUGGCGAACAGGUAGCGGAGAGCCGAGAGUGUUUAGGCGUAAAGGGAGUGAAAACCAAAACCAAACUCAUGUCCUCGGCGUACGGCGCAGCGUCGCGUAUCGAUCAUAUCCGGGACGUCCCGUACUAUGACCAAGUGCCGUUUGGAUCCUUCUCUCGGGAUCAGGACAUCCCGUAUGCUCUCGGUGGUGGGAUGCCGGCCGUCAGCGCCGACCCCUUACCGCCUCCCCCACUUCCAAUGAGCCCACCGGUGGGUCCAGACUUCUACCCGGACGAACCCGAGGCCCAACAGGACGAAGCCAUGGACAUCAAGCCGGUGCGGCGUUUUAUCCCCGACUCUGUGAAGAACUUCUUCCGGGGCAGCAGUUUUCGGAGCAGCAAAACCCCUUCGUUUCCGCCACCUCCGUCUGACAUCGUGAAUACCACCAGUCAGGGGGUGCCAUGCUCGCCUCCACAUUCUCGGCCCCCUUCACCCAACGCCCCCAGCUCCUACACUGACCCGUACGGAGGCUCCGGAGGUAGCUAUGCCUCACGUAAGGAGCAGGCAGCACUCCUUGGAGAGCCGAUCGAAUCGGUGUCGGGCCACUCGGCGCGCACAGCCAUGACGUACAGCGAGAAGGUGGAGGAGUACAACAUGCGCUAUGCCUAUAUGAAGUCCUGGGCGGGCUUGUUGCGCAUCAUUGGCUGUGCUGAGCUCCUCUUGGGCGCUGUGGUCUUUGCUUGUGUCUGCGCCUACGUACACAAGGAUAACGAGUGGUAUAACUUGUUUGGCUAUGCUCAGACUGGCUUUGGGUUCAAUUAUGGAGGAGCCAUGGGGGGGACGUAUGGUAACUAUGGGUACAACUACAGGGGACCCAUGACGCCUUUCAUCCUGGUGGUGGCCGGAUUGGCCUGGAUUGUAACGGUUAUCCUCCUCGUCCUGGGGAUGUCCAUGUACUACCGCACCAUCCUGCUAGACUCUGGCUGGUGGCCAGUGACGGAGUGUGUAAUAAACUUGACACUAAUGGUGUUGUAUUUAUCGGCUGCUAUAGUAUACGUGAAUGAUACGGUACGUGGUGGCCUUUGCUACUCCCCCUAUUUCAACCAAGGCCCCAAUGCUGCGUUUUGUCGCACUGACGCUGGACAAACGGCCGCCAUCAUUUUCCUUUUCCUGACCACACUGCUGUACCUGAUUGGGGCCGGAGUGUGUCUCAAACUGUGGAGGCAUGAAAAGGCAAGACUCCGUCGAGAGGCCAUGGCACAAGAGAUGAAGACUGUUGGGUCAUUACCGCUAAGCAUGAUUGAAGCCGGAUCCAGCGUAUCAGCACCAGUCUAUAAAGGCCAAACCAUGGCUGCCCCUGACAGUGUGGAUGAUGCUGUUCCACCGGCUAUGAUGAAGCCGGAGUACCUGAGGGGUCACAUACCGGCGGGACAUAUCCCCAAACCGGUGAUCAUUGCAGAUUAUGUGGCGAAGUACCCCACCAUCCGUACCGAUGAGGAGAAGGACCAGUACAAGGCUGUGUUUAACGAUCAGUACGCCGAGUAUAAGGAGCUCCAUGCUGAGGUUCAGGUCCUGGCCAAGAAAUUUGAGGAGAUGGAUAGUCUGAUCCAGAACCUGACAUCUCAGCCGUCUAGUCACAUGGAACAAGAGCGGAUCAGCCAACUCAUGCAGGAGUACCAGAGGAAAAAGAACGACCCCACAUUCCUAGAAAAGAAAGAACGAUGCGAGUACCUGAAGAGCAAACUCUCACACAUCAAGCAGAAGAUCCAGGAAUACGACAAAGUGAUGGACUGGAACGACGGCUACAGUUAAAAGGUCUGACCUCGUCACUCUGCUGUCUGAUCACGUCACUGUCUCAGAGUGCUGACAGCAUUAAUGUGUGCGAGACGUAGCAAUAAUCACCUAAACCAGGUUAAGACAGAUAUUGGAAGCUUUUCUUCACAGUAAAAUAAACACUAGCACUGUUCAUGCCUUAACGCCAUACGAAGAGAUGGAUGAGUUUGUAUUUUUGGUUUGUUUGAAGGGAAAAAAAAAAAAGUUUUUUGUAACUUAUAAUUUUUUUUUAGUGUACACAACUAGACGUGUGCCAAAAAGACUGCCGUCCUGGUUCGAACUACUCGGGCACAUCCUGGAGUGGAACAGGACAUUUGAACGUGUGUACACAUGUACCUGCUAGUUCACGCUAAAACCUCAACUAGGUCCAUUUAUAGAACAGAUUAUGAAAACGUUCUUAUAUGAUAUACAGUAUAUGUAAAUGUUGCUAUUUUUAAAUAUUUUUAUUUUAUAAAAUGAUAAUUUCAUUUCAUUUCCACUUGCAAAAAAAGAAGGGCAAAAUUCCCCUUAGUUUUUUUAGGGUAAUGGUGUGGCUUUGUGUCAACGUUUCUCACAUCACCGCAGCUUGUUCAAACAUGAUUUUUGUGUAAAAUCUUUUUUUUUAGGUAGAAUAUUAAAAUGUGAACACUUUUAAUAGUUUGUGUAAUAGUUUAACAGCAGAUGUUUUUAAAUCAUGGUCUUCGUUUCUUUAUGUGCAGCUGGACAUUUUUACUUUAUGAAAUGGACUGUAUGUAGAUUAUUGCAAAUGAGCAAAAUGCACAUUUUUUCCCAGCUGUUUACAACAUAACAUUUUCGCACUGAGGUGAUUCGCAGAUUUUGUUUUAAUGUACAUAUAUUCAGUGCCUCAUGUUUUUGUAUACUUCGAUAUCAGGAGAGUAAAAAGUGAACUUGCCAUGACAUGAUGUAUUGUCUAUUUUUUUUUGUGAUUUUAUUAUACUUCUUUUUUUUUUUCAUUAUUAUGAUCUGUACUUUUUUUCACCUCAUGCUACAUUCAAAUUAAACUAUGUUCUUUUCAGGACAUUUUCAAACAUCA